AUAUUUAACAGGAACCUGAACAAGCUACAUUUUCUCCUUGCUACCCAUUUCACUCGAUGGAAGACCAAAGGAAACAACGGUUACCAUUUUACACUAUACUCUUCAUGACAUUGGGGCAUCUUAACACAUCGCCCCCUCUACCAACCGCAGCACCUCUCUUUCAUAGGUCUUUUGUGCUGUUAUGGAAUGCUCCGGUUUCCAAAUGCCAACAAAUGAAGAUCCCUCUAGAUUUAUCGAUGUUCCAGGUGGUCACCACACCUUCCAGGGUACGCAAUCAAUCCCUGACCCUGUUCUACAAAAAUCGACUUGGGCUUUACCCCUAUGUAGACCUCCACUCCUUGAAGGAGAAUAACGGUGGCAUCCCACAAAGGGGCAACCUGUCUGCUAGUUUGGAGAAAGCGAAGGAAGAGUUUACCCAAUACAUUCUGGACUCAACUGCUGGUCUGGCUGUCAUGGAUUGGGAAGAGUGGCUUCCAAUGUUUGACCAGAAUUUGGACGUCAGGGAGAUAUAUAAAGAACUGUCCAUCAACUACACCCUGGAGCAGAACGCUUCUCUCAACCUGCAACAAGCAAGCAGCGAAGCCAAACGACAAUUCCAGAAGGAAGCCAGAUGUUUCAUGGAGGAAACUCUGAAGAUGGGAAUCUAUCAUCGACCUUGGUACCUGUGGGGCUACUACUUGUACCCAGACUGCUAUAACUAUGACUUUGAAGAGUCAAACUAUACAGGUACUUGUUCAGAGAAGACAAAACAGUUGAACAACGAGCUGCUGUGGCUGUGGGAGGUUAGCACUGCCCUUUACCCCUCAGCAUACCUGCCGGUCUCCGUGAGUGGAAGCAGGAGUGCUGCACUGUUCGUACGUCACCAGGUGCAAGAGGCAAUGAGAGUGGCAGCCCUGCCAAAACACCACCACACUGCACCGGUCUACGUCUACCUACGGCCUCUCUUAAGAGACCAAAAGGAGCUUUACAUGAAUGAGUUUGACUUGGUCAGCAGUAUUGGUGAGAGUGCAGCUCUGGGGGCUUCUGGGGCUGUGCUGUGGGGGGCUAGUGCUGAUUACAACGACAAGGUAAUUUUUCUCUUAAAUGGACAGUUCACCCAAAAAUGGUUGUUCUAUGUCGGGGGUGUCCAAACUCAGUCACUGUCCUGCAGAGUUUAG